UCCGCUUUCCAACACUGCUGCCUACAGCACGUGCAGUGGAGUAGUCUUUUGGUUUUUAUUCCUCUAAAAUUUUAAUAUUUCGGCGCCACAUGGAGAAAACCGACAAGAAGUUCGCUCGCCGUCAGGCGAAGGAGCUUCGCCGCAAUUUCCUCGAGGAGGAGGAUUUAGUGGAAGUGGACGCAGGUGUGGCGGCCCACAAAUGCUGUGGCAAUGCGUUCAAUGACUUCGAUGCCCAGUCCCACGACGCCUGGCUGCUGCAGUGUCCCAAGGGCACGGAUCCCCACCAGCUUGCCGGAAAGCGGAUCAAAAUGCCCGGCCGGAAGUGUGUGGGCGAUCUCCAGGUGCGGGCCAUUAAGUACACAGCGCCGCAGAGCCGAGCCGUCGGCUAUGUGACCACCAAGGGGAAGUAUGCCCUCCGGAAACUUCCACUCACCGGCUACGUGGUGGUCGGCAAGCGUCUGAAUGCUAAGCAACCGGCGGCAGGCCAUGAGGAGCAGGUCUUUCCCGCCGCUGCAACGCCAGCGAAGAUUCGCUUCCGCGUCCGCCAUCCCUUUUUCGGGCACGACUACAAGGAACGCGUCCAAGUGCCCGAGGAGAUCACAAAAACGAUCAGCGAGGGCGACAAGCGAAAUCUGGAAGUCAAGGCCAGACUGUGGCGCACUGCCAACUACUAUGCGGUCCGCAGCAAGCUGCUUAACUCCACCCAAACGCUGGAGCAGAAGGAGUACGAUGUGAGGCAGUCGGUGCUCACCGGGCUUCUGCCCAAUUUCAUGAAGGCAACGGCCACGUCGAGCGGCUACAUAAACCUCACGGAUAAGGUGUCGGAGGAGCAAACUGCUGCCGCCGUCAAGAAGAGCAAGAAGCAAAAAACCAACGGAUCGGUCCAGCCAGACGGAGAUGAACUGGUGCGGAGCGAGAGGGAGUCGGCCAUCUCCACCAAAAAACAAAAGAGGAGCAAAUCAAGUGGUCAAAUCCAUGCAAACGAAGCAGAAAAUAUCAUGGAAGUCGUGGAGAUCAAGGAGGAAGCUAUUGAGGAAGAGCCCAAAUCAUCCAAAAAACCAAGAAAGCGCAAAUCAAAUGGCCAAAUCCUUGCAAAUGAAGCAGAAAAUAUUCCGGACAUGGUGCAGAUCAAGGAGGAAGUAGAAGACGAGGAGGCCAAAUCACACAAAAAGCAGAAGAAGCGCAAAUCAAAUGGGCAAAUCCUUGUUAACGAAAUAGAAAAUAUUCUGGAGGAUGUGGAGAUCAAGGUGGAAGAAGUUGAGGAGGAGGAGAAGUCAUCCAAAAAGCAAAAGAAGCUGAAAUCAAAGGGUCAAAUUCUUGUCGUUAGAGCAGCCAAUGCUAACACUCUGGACGAAGAAGUUGUAAUUAAUGAAGAACCCACAUCCGCCAAGAAGCAAAAAAAACGAAAGGAGAAAGGCGAGGUUUCCGAUGUCAUUGACGACGACGUAGUGGUGAUAGAGGACGACUCCGAGGCACCGACCCGAAAGCGCAAGAAGCUGAAAGCAGGCAAUUAGACCAGGGACCAGCUCCUCCAACUCAGUUAGUUCUUACUUAGCUUAACUAUAUUAACUCUGUAAAGAAGACGGAAGGAUAUCCGACCGGUUGUUAAGAAUUUUUUAUUUAAAAAAACAUCUGUAAAUAAAUAAAUAUAAAUGUA